UGCCCCUCCUUCCGUUGUGACCCGGAUUCAUAACAACAGCUGGAAACGGUUGAUCGCUGUCUGUUUGUUCCAAGCUGGUGGUUUUAUGAGAUAUUUUAUUUUUAACCGGUCCUGGACUCUGACCGAAGCUGUGCUGGAGAUGAAGAAGUCAGCGCGAGGGAAUUAGGAAGCCGCUAGCUGGCGUUAGCUCCGGCGGAAGCAGGAGAAACUGUUAGCUUAUGCUAACAAGCUCUAGCUAACAGAAGAGCGGUCACGUGAUCCGCAGGAACCGAAAACAGCACAAAUUAGACAGACGGGACCAGAGCGAUGGGGAACCAGCUGGCGGGCAUCGCCCCCUCUCAGAUCCUCUCCGUGGACAGCUACUUCUCAGAUAUCCACGACCACGAGUACGACAAAAGUCUAGGCAGCACUCGCUUCUUCAAGGUGGCGCGGGCCAAACAUCGCGAGGGCCUGGUGGUGGUCAAGGUCUUCGCCAUCCAGGACCCGUCGCUGCCGCUCACCAGCUACAAGCAGGAGCUGGAGGAGCUGAAGAUCCGGCUGCACUCCUGCCAGAACUGCCUUCCUUUCCAGAAGACGUCCCUGACGGAGAAGGCCGCCAUCCUGUUCCGCCAGUACGUCCGGGACAACCUGUACGACCGCAUCAGCACGCGGCCGUUCCUCAACAACGUGGAGAAGCGCUGGAUCGCCUUCCAGAUCCUCAACGCCGUGGACCAGGCGCACAAGGCCGGCGUCCGCCACGGAGACAUCAAGACGGAGAACGUGAUGGUGAGCAGCUGGAACUGGGUGCUGCUCACAGACUUCGCCAGCUUCAAGCCCACCUACCUGCCGGAGGACAACCCCGCCGACUUCAACUACUUCUUCGACACGUCCAGGCGCAGGACGUGCUACAUCGCCCCCGAGAGGUUUGUGGACGGCAGCAUGUUCACCACGGAGAGCGACCAGAACACGCCGCUGGUGGACCUGACCAACAACAACCAGAGGAGCCGUGGAGAGCUCAGGCCGGCCAUGGACAUCUUCUCUGCAGGCUGCGUGGUCGCUGAGCUCUUCACCGAGGGCGUCCCGCUCUUCGACCUGUCCCAGCUGCUGGCCUACCGGAAGGGACACUUCCAGGCCGAGCAGGUCCUCAUGAAGAUCGAGGAUGAGAGCAUCAGGGAGCUGGUGGCCCAGAUGGUUCAGAGGGAGCCCGACAAGCGUCUGAGUGCUGAGGAGUACCUAAAGCAACAGAGAGGGAAAGCUUUCCCUGACAUCUUCUACACCUUCCUGCAGCCGUACAUGGCCCAGUUCGCCAAGGAGACCUUCCAGUCCGCAGACGAGCGGGUUCUGGUGAUCCGCAAAGACCUGGACAACAUCCUGCUCAACCUGCGAGGAGGUUCCUCCCCUUCCUCCCCGGGCCGCGGCGGCGGCAGCGGCAACGCACUAAGCUCCAGGGAGGAGCAGGGCCUGGUGGUGCUGGUGUCGGUCAUCACCUCCUGCCUGCAGACGCUGCACUCCUGUGACUCCAAGCUGGCGGCGCUGGAGCUCGUCCUGCACCUGGCUCCCCGGCUCUCCGUCGACAUCCUGCUGGACCGCAUCACGCCGUAUCUGCUGCACUUUUGCAACGACCCUGCGCCGCGCGUGCGUGCCCAGGCUGUUAGGACUCUCACCAAAGUGCUGGCGCUGGUGAAGGAGGUGCCGAGGAACGACGUGAACAUCUACCCGGAGUACAUCCUUCCGGGCAUCGCCCACCUGGCCCAGGACGACGCCACCAUCGUGAGGCUGGCGUACGCAGAGAACAUUGCUCACCUGGCAGAGAGUGCGCUGCGGUUCCUGGAACUGGUUCAGGAGAACAACGUCAACAUGGAGCAGGAUCCAAGCGGAGAAGAGACGGAGGAAAACAACCAUCCCAACGAAAACUACGACUCUGAGCUCCAGGCGCUGCACGAGAUGGUGCAGCAGAAGGUGGUGACGCUGCUCAGCGACUCGGAGAACAUCGUCAAACAGACGCUGAUGGAGAACGGCAUCACGCGGCUCUGCGUCUUCUUUGGCAGGCAGAAGGCCAACGACGUCCUGCUGUCCCACAUGAUCACCUUCCUGAACGACAAGAACGACUGGCACCUCAGGGGAGCCUUCUUCGACAGCAUCGUGGGAGUGGCGGCGUACGUGGGCUGGCAGAGCUCUUCCAUCCUCAAGCCUCUGCUGCAGCAGGGACUGAGCGACACCGAGGAGUUCGUCAUCUACAAAGCUCUGAACGCCCUGACCUGCAUGUGCCAGCUGGGUCUGCUGCAGAAACCGCACAUCUACGAGUUCGUCAGCGACAUCGCUCCCUUCCUGUGUCACCCCAACCUGUGGAUCCGCUACGGCGCCGUGGGCUUCAUCACCAUGGUGGCGCAGCACCUUAACGUUGCCGACGUCUACUGCAAGCUGAUGCCGCACCUGAACCCGUUCGUCACACAGCCCAUCAUCCAGAUCGAUAAGGAGCUGGUCCUGCUGAGCGUCUUAAAGGAGCCGGUGAGCCGCUCCAUCUUCGACUACGCCCUGCGCUCUAAAGACAUCGCCAGCCUUUUCCGCCACCUGCUGCUGCGCCAGAAGAAGAGAAUCGGGUCCAUCCCAGAGUGCCCCACCCCCGACGACCCGGCCAUCGCUCAGCUGCUGAAGAAGCUGCUGUCACAGGGGAUGACGGAGGCUGAGGAGGACAAGCUUCUGGCCCUCAAAGACUUCAUGCUGAAGUCCAACAAGGCCAAAGCCAACAUGGGCGACCAGGGACACCUGGGAGAGGCGGGACAGACGGGAGUCAUCGACCUGGGGACGCUGGGCAUCACGGGCCGUCAGGUGGACUUGGUGAAACCCAAGACGGAGUCGGACGAUAAGAGAGCUCGGAGGCAGACCAAGCAGGACUCUGCCAUGAACGAGGAGUGGAAGAGCAUGUUCGGAUCGCAGGAUCCACCGUCCGCGCAGCCCCCCACGUCCGCCGACGGUCCGGUCACUCAGAUACGGAAGGCGGCGGCGGCUCCUGCGGCGGCACAGCAGCAGCAGGUGGCGGCCGGCGGCCCCGCCUACCAGCGACGCCUCAACACCUGCAGGACGGAGCUGCAGCAGCUGCUGCAGCAGAAGAGGGAGCAGUGCAGCGCAGAGCGGAUGGCCAAGCAGAUGAUGGAGAGCGCCGAGUGGGAGAGCCGGCCCCCUCCUCCAGGGUGGCAUCCCAAGGGGCUGCUGGUCGCCCACCUGCACGAACACAAAGCUGCGGUGAACAGAAUCCGGGUGUCGGACGAACAUUCCAUCUUCGCCACUGCGUCCAACGACGGGUCGGUUAAAGUGUGGGACAGUCAGAAGAUGGAGGGCAAGACCACCACUACCAGGUCCGUGUUGACCUACUCCCGUAUCGGGGGUCACGUAAAGACGCUGACAUUCUGUCAGGGCUCGCAUUAUUUAGCGGCGGCAUCGGAUAACGGAUCCAUCCAGCUGCUCGCCGUCGAAGCAAACAAACCUCCCAAGUCUCCCAAAGUGCAGCCGUUCCAGAGCCGGACUCUGGACCUCCAUGAGGACGGCUGCGCCGUGGACAUCCACCACUUCAACUCGGGCGCUCAGUCGGUUCUGGCCUACGCCACGGUGAACGGAUCCCUGGUGGGCUGGGACCUCCGCUCCAAAUCCAACGCCUGGACGCUGCGUCAUGACCUGCGGCUGGGCCUCAUCACGUCCUUCAGCGUGGACAUGCACCAGUGCUGGCUCUGCUUAGGUACAAGCAGCGGCACCAUGGCGUGCUGGGAUAUGCGCUUCCAGCUCCCCAUCUCCAACCACUCCCACCCGGCCCGGGUCCGAGUCCGGCGGCUGCUGAUGCACCCGCUGUACCAGUCGUCAGUGAUUGCAGCGGUCCAGGGGAACAACGAGGUGUCCAUCUGGGACAUGGAGACCGGAGAUCGGAAGUUUACCCUGUGGGCGAGCUCGGCGCCGCCGCUCUCUGAGAUGCAGCCUUCUCCUCACAGCGUUCACGGGAUCUACUGCAGUCCGGCUGACGGGAAUCCUCUGCUGCUGACGGCCGGGUCGGACAUGAGGAUCAGGUUCUGGGAUCUGGCCUAUCCAGAGAGAUCCUACAUCGUCGCAGGAGGAGCCCACGACUCGCUGCACUGUCCGUCUGUCCUCUACAGCCGCAAGAUCAUCGAGGGGACCGAAGUGGUUCAGGAGAUCCACAGCAAACAGAAGAGCGGCGCUGCAGAGGACUCUCCUCGCCGUGGCCUGGAGUCUCUUCCUGUCGGCCAUCAUGACAUUAUCACAGACAUCGCCACCUUCCAAACGACGCAGGGCUUCAUUGUCACGUCGUCUCGGGACGGCAUCGUCAAAGUGUGGAAGUGAAGACGUGGAGAAGAACUUGAACUUUACAGAUCUAAAACAUUUGUUUUCUGUCCGUUCUCCUCUCAAACUUCUGCUUGUGCAGAUCCCAAUCUGGUUCCUGAUCCAGAUUCUUAUCCAGAUCCUGAUCUGGUUCCUAAUCCAGAUCU